AUGUCGGACCUCGCAGACGUUCUCAAAAUAUCCAUCUUGGGGAAUGAAUCCAUACACUGUGGAUUCCACCUCCUCCCUUACAUCUUCCAUACGAUCCUCACUACCCUCCCCUCCUCGACCUACGUCUUGAUCACCGACACGAACCUCUCCCGCCUCUACCUCUCCGAUAUCACCGCGGCGUUUGAGGAGAAUGCCAAGAAGGCAGGAAGCAAGGCGCGAUUCUUGGUCCAUGAGGUACAGCCUGGAGAGGGGGCGAAGUGCCGGAAGGUGAAGGAGGAGAUUGAGGAUUGGAUGUUGGACGAGAAGUGCACGAGGGAUACUGUGAUCUUGGCUUUUGGAGGGGGUGUCAUUGGGGACUUGACUGGCUUCAUUGCUGCUACUUUCAUGCGAGGCGUCAAGUUUGUCCAAAUACCGACGACUCUGCUCGCGAUGGUCGACUCGGCGGUCGGAGGGAAGACAGCCGUCGAUACUCCACACGGCAAGAACCUCAUCGGGGCUUUCUGGCAGCCUGCAUACAUCUUUGCCGAUCUGGCAUUUUUGACUACGCUGCCGCCAAGGGAGGUGUCGAACGGCAUGGCCGAAGUCGUCAAGACCGCGGCUAUCUGGAAAGAUGACGACUUUGCCCUCCUCGAGUCCAACGCCGACGCCAUCAGCACCGCUGCGUCCACUCGUCUCUCCGCCGGAUCCACCCUCGGCCGGUUCGAGAGCGACCGCACGGAACCCCAAUCCCUCCUACUCCGCGUCGUCACCGGCUCCAUCUAUGUCAAAGCCCACAUCGUGACCAUCGACGAGCGUGAAACCGGUCUGCGCAACCUGGUCAACUUCGGGCACACCAUCGGGCACGCUAUCGAAGCCGUUCUCACCCCUCAGAUGCUGCACGGCGAAUGCGUCUCGGUCGGCAUCAUUCUCGAGGCUGAAGUCGCGCGUCAGCUCGGCGUGCUCAGCCAAGUCGCUGUCGGACGUCUCACGCGCGCAUUGAAGGCGUACAACCUCCCCGUCUCCCUCUCGGACCCCCGGAUCACCGCCAUCCCCGCAUCCUCUCAAUUAUCGGUGGACCGUCUCUUGGAUAUCAUGAAGAUUGACAAGAAGAACUCCGGGCCGGCCAAGAAGAUUGUGCUGUUGUCGAGGGUAGGGAAGACGUACGAGGAGAAGGCGUCGGUGGUGCAGGAUGAUGUGAUCAGGAAGGUGCUGUGCGAGGCGGCAACGGUGAUUUCGGGCAUCCCGACCAAGUCGCCCAUCACGAUGGCUACUCCGGGAAGUAAGAGUAUCUCCAAUCGUGCGCUGGUGCUCGCCGCGCUGGGCAAGGGGGUCUGCAGGGUGCGGAAUCUCCUGCACUCGGACGAUACGGCGGUCAUGAUGAAUGCUUUGGCCGAACUUAAGGGUGCCAAGUUCUCAUGGGAGGACGGAGGCGACACUAUCGUCGUCGAAGGCGGUGAAGGCUCACUCACCGUCCCCGAAAAGGGCCGGCACCUCUACCUCGGCAACGCAGGAACCGCCGCCCGCUUCCUUACUACCGUCUGCACCAUCGUCAAUCGCACCUCCCCUUCCACCUCCAAUACCAUCAUCACCGGUAACGCCCGGAUGAAGCAGCGUCCGAUCGGCCCCCUCGUCGACGCACUGAGCGAGAACGGCGCCUCGCUCUCCUACCUCGAAGGCGCCAACUGCCUUCCCCUCGAGAUCGGCGCCAACGGUCUUCGGGGCGGUCACAUCCGUCUCGCCGCCUCAGUCUCGAGUCAAUACGUCUCGUCCAUCCUCCUCUGCGCGCCCUACGCUCAGAGCGAGAUCAAGCUUGAAUUGACCGGCGGACAAGUCAUCUCGCAGCCGUACAUCGACAUGACCAUCGCCAUGAUGGCUGAAUUCGGCAUCGACGUCGUCCGUCAAAAAGGAGCCAAUGGGGAGUUGCUGGAUGUGUACAAUAUUCCCAAGGGGGUGUACACUAGCCCAGCGACGUACAAUGUCGAAUCCGAUGCGUCGUCCGCUACUUACCCGCUCGCUAUUGCAGCUAUUACCGGGACGACAUGUACCAUCUCCAAUAUCGGCUCGUCUUCCCUCCAGGGCGAUGCGCGGUUCGCCAAGGAAGUCCUGGAGCCAAUGGGGUGCCAGGUCGAGCAGACUGCGACAGCGACGACUGUCACGGGUCCGCCACUCGGUCAACUCCGGGCGCUCGGUAAUGUCGACAUGGAGCCCAUGACGGACGCUUUCUUGACUGCCUCGGUGUUGGCGGCUAUUGCGACGCUCCCUCCGCUCGCCGGAAGAGAGGUCGAGGGGCUCAAGAAGGAGGGGAGCAGGAUUUAUGGGAUUGCGAAUCAGCGGGUGAAGGAGUGUAAUCGGAUCAAGGCGAUGAGGGAGGAAUUGGCUAAAUUCGGCGUCGAGACGGACGAGUUUGACGAUGGUAUCAUCAUCUUUGGCAAACCCCUCGACCAGCUGAAACGCGGAGCCAGCAUCCACUGCUAUGACGACCAUCGGGUCGCCAUGGCAUUCGCAGUACUCAGCAGUGUGGUGGAGAAGACGGUCAUUGAGGAGAAGCGAUGUGUCGAGAAGACAUGGCCGAACUUUUGGGACGACCUCCAGAACAAGAUCGGGAUCAACGUCGAGGGAGUCGAGCUGGAGCAAAACCACGCUUCCACGUCCGCUCACCCCAUGUCCAACGGUACCUCCUCCACCUCGCAGCACCCCCUCUUCCUGAUUGGUAUGCGCGGCGCCGGCAAGACCUAUAUCGGGCGCAUGGCCGCCCAAGCUCUCGGUGGCGAGUUUACCGACGCCGACGACGUCUUUGCCGAACGUACCAAGCUGUCCGUCUCGGACUUUGUGGCGCAAAACGACUGGGCCGAGUUCCGGCGUGUCGAGCGCGAGAUCCUCGCGGACAUGAUGGCCGAGAAACAGGGCAACCACGUCAUUGCCCUCGGCGGCGGCGUGGUCGAGACGCCCGAAGCUCGCGAGUUGCUCUCGCAGCACGUCAAGAGCGGGGGUCGAGUCGUGUACGUCACGAGGGAGCUGGAGGAGAUUGAGGGAUACCUCGACUCUAUCGGAUCGACCGCUACUCGUCCUAAAUGGGGAGAAGACUUUUCCGCCGUCUUUGCGCGCAGAUCGCCCUGGUACGCCGCGUGCUCGAGCCACGAGUUUUACAAUACCCUCGAACCCCUCGCGGGGCAGAGUCAGGCGGAGCAUCACCACGCUAUGCGAGCGGAAUGCGAGCGGUUCUUCCGCUUCAUCAGCGGUCUGAUAACCAAUCGGCCGGAUCUGUCAUCGGGGCGCCCGACGAGCUUCCUCUCCCUUACAUUUGCGGAUAUCCGGCCGGCGCUGGCGCAGAUGGAGGAGUUGACGGAAGGAGCGGAUGCGGUGGAAUUGCGGGUGGACCUUUUAUCGAAGGAUGGAAAGGCGCCAUCUACCCCCGGUCUCCCAUCUCCCGCAUACGUCGCCAAGCAGCUCUCGACGCUUCGGCUGGUCACUCCCCUCCCGAUCGUCUUUUCCGUCCGGACCAAGGAACAAGGCGGCUGGGCGUCCAGUACCGACGACAAGGCGUACCUCGAGAUGGUCCGUCUCGGUCUCCGCUCGGCGUGCGAGUACGUCGACCUCGAGAUGGCCUGGCCGGGCGCCUUGCUCGAGGCGGUCCAGAAGGAGAAGGGCGGGAGUGCAAUCAUUGCGUCCUGGCAUGAUUGGACGGGCAAGAUGAAGUGGGACGGAUCCCUCGUUAGUGACAAGUACGCCCAGUGCGCCAAGUACGGAGACGUCGUCAAGAUCGUCGGGACGGCGCAGUCUGUUGUCGACAACAUGGCGCUCGCCCAAUUUGUCGCUAGCAAGGAAGCCAACGGAAAGCCAUUCCUCGCUAUCAAUAUGGGCGGCCACGGUCAGCUCUCCCGGAUCCUCAACCCCGUCCUGACACCCGUCACCCACUCGGCCCUCCCCUCCCGCGCGGCUCCGGGGCAACUCACCAACCGGGAAGUCCUCUCUGGCCGACACCUCAUGGGUCUCCUCCCAGCCAAAAAGUUCUACCUCUUCGGCAAGCCCAUCGCACAGUCCGUCUCCCCCUUACUCCACAAUACCGGCUUCACCACAAUCGGCCUACCGUACGAGUACGGUCGGUACGAGACGGAUCAGACGGACGACGAGGUCCGGCGAAUCAUCUCUUCGCCAGACUUUGGAGGCGCGAGCGUGACGAUCCCGCUCAAGCUCCAAAUCAUGGACUUGCUCGAUUCCGUCUCGGACGACGCCAAGGUUAUCGGCGCGGUCAAUACCAUCAUCCCCACUUCGGAUUCGGUUGGCGGCACGACCAAGCUACACGGGGAUAACACCGACUGGCAAGCUAUUCGAGAGGCGGCGCAGGCCGGUCUGGCCGGAACCCAAGUGACAGGCCUCGUCAUUGGCGCAGGAGGAACCUGCCGGGCGGCCAUUUACGCCUUGCACCAACUCGGCGCAACGUCCAUCCUCCUCUUCAACCGGACGACCGCCAACGCCGAGUCGGUCGCUCAGUCCUUCCCUGCCGAGUAUGGCAUCACCGUCAUCUCCUCGCUCGAUACCCUCCCUGCCCAGCCCAACGUCGUCAUCUCUACCGUACCCGGCGACUCCCUCUCCCUUUCCUCGGGCUCAGGCAUCCCCCUCCCCAAGACCGUCCUUGGCGGACACGGCGGAGUAGCCAUUGAUUUGGCGUACAGACCGCACAAGACUGCAUUGGUGCAGCUUGCGGAAGAGACGGAGGGGUGGACGGCGGUCACUGGGGUGGAGAUUUUGUGUCUGCAGGGCUUUAGGCAGUUUGAGCUGUGGACGGGGAAGAAGGCGCCGGGGAGGAAGAUGCGCGAGGCGGUCAUGCAGGAGUACCUGAAAGCGUGA